AUGGCGGUCCUCAAGCAAGCCCUCCUGUCCUAUUCCCUCCUCUCCGCUACCGCCCUGACCUCCGCCCUCCCACCUCAGGCACCACUCCUCUCCACCUCUGCGGUCGUCGAAACCUCCUCCUCCAAGCUCCCGCUCGUCGACACCGAAUCCCUCCAAUCCGCCAUCAACAUCACCUCCCUCCUCUCCCGCGCUCAAACCCUCUACUCCCUCGCCCAACUCUCCUGGCACGACUACAACCACCCGACCCGCGUCAUCGGUUCCGCUGGCCACACUGCGACCUUGGAGUAUAUCUACUCUGAACUCGCGCAGUUGGGAGACUACUAUACCCUGAGUGAACAGCCGUUUCCGGCGUUCAGCGGGAAUGUUGUGGAGAGUAGAUUGGUGCUGGGCGAUGAGGUGGUUGUGAAUGCGAGUGCGAUGAGUUUGACGCCGGCGACGAAGGGGAGGGAACCGGUUUUCGCGGAGGUUGUGCUGGCUGAAGGAGAGGGCUGUGAAGAGAAAGACUUUGGCGAUGAGGUGCAGGGAAAGAUUGUGAUGGUCAAGAGAGGAAUUUGCCCAUUCGGCACCAAGUCCAAGAACGCGGGACGAGCUGGCGCCGUGGCAGCAGUGAUUUACAAUUCGGAGAAGGGACCGCUUGGUGGUACGCUGGGAAGUCCGGAUGGGGAUCAUGUUGCUACGUUUGGCAUUUCGAAGGAGGAGGCUGAGCCAUUUGUGAAGCGACUCGGGAAGGGCAAGUCCCUCGAUGGGAUUGCGUAUAUUGAUGCUACGGUUGAGACGAUCCACACGAGGAACAUCAUUGCUCAGACGGUUGGGGGAGAUACGGAGAACUGUGUCAUGCUAGGAGCACACUCCGACUCUGUCUCAGAAGGCCCUGGCAUCAACGAUGACGGAUCUGGAACAAUGUCGUUGCUCGAAGUCGCAACCCACCUCUCCCACUACCGAGUCAACAACUGCGUCCGCUUCGCCUGGUGGGCGGGCGAAGAAGAAGGCCUCUUGGGAUCAGACUUCUACGCCGCCAGCUUAUCCGCGGAAGAGAACAAGAAAAUCCGCAUGUUCAUGGACUACGACAUGAUGGCCUCCCCGAAUUUCGCCUACCAAAUCUACAACGCCACCAACGCCGCGAAUCCCACGGGCUCGGAGGAGCUACGGGACUUGUACGUCGGCUGGUACGAAGCGCAGGGGCUGAACUACACUUUCAUCCCAUUCGACGGGAGGUCUGACUACGAUGGUUUCAUCCGCGCCGGUAUCCCAGCUGGAGGCAUCGCGACGGGUGCGGAGGGCGUCAAGAGCAAGAAGGAGCAGAAGAUGUUUGGAGGUAAGAAAGGGGAUUGGUAUGAUCCUUGCUACCACCAGUUGUGUGAUGAUGUGGGCAAUGUGAAUCACACGGCGUGGGAGGUGAAUACGAAGUUGAUUGCGCACUCUGUUGCGACUUAUGCUGUGAGUUUGAAGGGGUUUCCGGAGAGAAAGGUUGGUGAUGCGGAGGUUGAGAGUUUUGUGGGAGAGUAUGAGAGGGAGACGAAGUAUCAUGGAGAUAAGCUCUUUAUCUAA